GGUUUUUGGAUGACUGCUGACAUACUGAUGACGGAUCAUGAUUUGAAGUGGGUAGAAGAUAAAUGUGUUAUUUUUGUGAUGAGUGUUCAUAUAAUUUUUAAGAAUGCCAAUCCAGGCGCCGCAUUGGACGGACUAUCUCAAUUGUCCAGUGUGCUGCCGAGAAUUUGGCCCCUCACCACGUAGCCCAGUCAGUCUUGGCUGUGGCCACACUCUUUGUGAACACUGUCUGAAGCAUUUGCAUAGAAAACAUUGCCCUUUCGAUCAGGCUGCGAUACAAGCAGAACCAGAAGAGUUGGCUGUCAAUACGGCACUCCUACAGCUAGCAGGUUAUACGCCCCCACCACAGCCCUUUCACCCACCAUGCAUACAAGCUUUAUCAGAGACUGACCGCCAUGCCUAUGAUGUCAUCGUCCGGAGUCUUGAACAUCUCGCCAUUUAUCUUAAAUUAUGUGCAAACAACAGUAUCGGAAAUCGGCUAUCCAGGCCGAUGCAAAGGAAGUUGGUGACUCUAUUGCAGUGCGCUAUAACAGAUGAAGAGGGUCGUGGGAGGGCUGCCCGCGCUGCGAGGUCACUGGGAGAGAGAUCUGUUACAGAACUUAUUCUGCAACAUCAGAAUCCACAACAGCUAAGCGCCAACUUGUGGGCCGCGGUCCGAGCACGAGGGUGUCAGUUCCUCGGACCAGCGAUGCAGGAGGAAGUUCUUAAAUUAGUUUUAUUAGCACUUGAGGACGGGUCUGCAUUAUCGCGGAAGGUCCUAGUGAUGUUCGUUGUCCAAAGAUUAGAAGGCGAUUUUCCACAAGCGUCUAAAACAAGCAUAGGUCAUGUUGUUCAACUGUUGUAUAGAGCUUCUUGUUUUAAGGUGUCGAAACGCGAAUGUGACUCUUCACUGAUGCAACUUAAAGAAGAAUUUCGCACGUACGAAUCUCUGCGUCGCGAGCACGACGCGCAGAUAGUUCAAAUUGCGACCGAAGCUGGACUGAGGAUCGCGCCGGAUCAAUGGAGUGCUCUCCUGUAUGGGGAUACGGCGCAUAAGAGCCACAUGCAGAGCAUCAUUGAUAAACUCCAAACUCCGCAGUCGUUUGCACAGUCCGUUCAAGAACUGUUCAUUGCGUUGCAGAGGUCGGGCGAUCCGGCUCAGCUGGUUGUUAUGAGUAUGCCUCUAGAUCGACUUGCCAGUAUCGAUCCUAGUCCAGAUGCCACAAGUCCAUCUUGGCAAACGCUAGCGGAAAUAAUAACGGCCGUAAAAGAAGUCGUCUCCGGUCUUGUUAAUUAUUUACAACAACAGACGACGGGCCGCGACUCGAAUCACAACCAAAAACACGUUAUCCAAGACAAAUCGGAUUCAUCAGCAAGUCAACCAUCUCCGCAGGGUGGAUCUACGCCACCUCAUAAAAUAAAAGCAGCUUUCUGCCGGGACGCUAACACGAGAAGCGGGUGUCCCAGGGGUAAUAACUGCAACUUUUCACAUUUCGAAGACGAUAUGGACAGGUACCGAACGGUGCAAACGAGCACCACGAUAACGAACGGCAACUACUCGUACAUAACGAACCUGCCGCCGAUGUCGAUCCCGCCGCCGACGAUGGGCGGGCCGGUGCCGCUGCACAUCUACCAGCGGUUCCCGCCGCCGCCGCUGCCGCAGCACGUGAUUCAGCACCUGGAGACGUAUAACAUUGUGCCGAUUACUUUGCCAGCAAUGCAUUCCAUGCCGUCACCGAUGCCGGCGAUGCAAGCGGCGCCCAUGUCGCAGGAGAUGCCGCUGGCCAACCAGAUCCCGGAUGUGUCGCGCAACGAUAACAUGCAGCCCAGGAACUACACGCCAUCGGGCAUGAUGGGCAACCAGCAGCCGAUGGGGAUGAGCCAGGGCAACAUGAUGAUACAAGUGCAGGACAGGCCGUACUACACGCGGUACGGCGGGCUGCUGACGAUCGUCACGGAGGAGCCGCCGGCCAACGUGCAGUACCGCCAGGACUACCUGAACACCAUGUACCCGGCGCCCAGCUCCGCGGGCGCGGCGCCCGCCUACCAGCCCGAGCCGAACGUGAACGUGCAGCAGCCCGUGCCGAACAUGUUCGCGAACGUGCGCGAGCCGAACGCGUUCUCGUCCUACGAUGAUUUGGGCCUCGGAUCGGAGAUGAUGCCCGAGUUCCGCAGCCCGCCCGGCUUCCCGCCGAUGUCCGCCCGCCGCCGCGUCGACUCCUGGCCUACUACUUCGAGUUUCGAUUACAACUCGAUGACUGAGUCCGUGCCGCAGAUGCAAGCGCCCUCCGACACUGCUUAUGAUUUCAAUCUCAUGAGGGAUGCUCUGCCCGUUAUUCCUGGACCGGCUGAUAAUUUGAACAACAUGCCGGGCGACAGGCGCGUGGUGGGAGCGGACAGAUACUAUGUCUUGCUUAGGGAUCUGGUUUCCUACCCAGAGAAGGAUGACACUAACGAGGAUGAGGAUGAGCACGAACUGGAGGAGGAGCUGAUGGCCCUGGAGCGCCGCAUCGAUACCGAGUUUAAAAGUACCGACUAAAUCUAAGACCUACCUGUUACUUCUCAACACAGUCGUACGAUUCUGUUGGUUUGUUAAGUUGUGUUUAAUAUAAGUCAAAUGUGGUGCAAUUAAUUUUAACACCUGUUUGGUUGAAUCGUUGUACUUUAGUAUAGUUUUAUUAAGUCUAUUUACAUUUCUUGUUUUGUUUAUUUUUAUUUUUAUUUUUUUUUAUAGUUUUAUAUUUACAGAAUAUGUAAUAAUUUACAACCUAUCUUCCAGUUUCUCUUCCAUGUAUUGUAAUGUUUAAACUACCCAUUUAAGGAUUUUUGAACAAACGCUGGUUCAGAUUCUCGUCAUCGUUCUAAUAAUUUUAUUCAGACAGUCCGGUCGAAAUAUAUCUUAGAGGUUGCAUAAACAAAAUUCACAUCAAUAUCAAUGAGGCCAUAAAAACUGUCCAUAUUUUAUUUAUUGAAAUUACAUUUUUCGAGAACUUUACAUUAAUUAUUCAAAAAUAAGAAACAAUCUCUAAUACACUCCAUACAUACAUCAUUCAGAUUAAAACAAUUAAAAAGAAAAAUUUAUCCAUUUAACUGGCAAACUCAAGAAUUGAAACAAUAUAAACGCGUAAAAGACUCGGAUCUUCUACGCUAGCGCAGUCAGCAGAAAAACAUUUGCAACCAAUUCAAUCAAUACGAACAUUCGUAUAAUUGAAAGUUAUUAUAAUUUUAUAAUUUCAAUGGACCGGACUAAGAUAAAUUUAAACAUUUUGUCUUGCAGUCUGUAAACAACUUAUAUAAAAACAAUAAUUGUGACGAGAUUCUCAAAGCAGCUCCAUUUUUAUGUACAAUAAUCGUUUGUGUAUAAACAACGAAGAGCUUCUAUAGAUUACUCCAAAUUUGAAAUUGUACAAUCACUAUUGCUACUCUAGAGGCAGACCGAUGUCGCUUAUGGAACUAGGAGUUCGUAUGCAUCGACCCGUUACUUAAAAACAAGGGAAGCCGUCCAAAUUUUCCUUUGAUAGUUACAUUUUAUAACUUGAACAUUUCUGAUCAAAUUAUGCACCUCCCUUUAUAUAUUUGUUGGAGUUAUGAUAUUUUCGCGGUCGUACGUUUCAUUUAUAAUUGCAUCCGUAACUUGUGUUAGACGUAAGAUUAAUAUUAAUUGUUAACCAUCUCAAUGUCACAACUGGAUGUAACUUAUUGGUGUAAUAGUUAUUCCAUUUAAUAGUAGCAACGGUAAUUGAUUGCAUUAAUAAUUAAUGAUCAUUAAUUUAUCUCGAUGUGAAUUUACUCGUAAAACGUAGCAUCAGUUUAGGCCUAAAGGAUCGCGGAUUGACUCGCACCGCGGCAAUCGUCAAAAUUCUAUUUAGUAGUGUUUGGAAGUAUAUUAUCAUAUUAUACAUGUUUAAUAUUAAGUGUUUCCUCUGCAUUUUUGUCAUUAUUCUCGGUAGGCAGUUACAUCAUUAGCUCGUCAUCUUGAACGUCGUGGGUGUUUUAGCGAUCAUUAUAGCUGUCACUUAUAGGUGUCACUUGGCCCUCUCGUGUCAAUGCCGUAUUCCGUUCCUACGUUUGCUUUGCACAUACCUCAAAUUAAAGCAGAUAUGGAUUUGAGAGUUCAUAUGUCCGAGCGUAAUGUUCGGCUCCACGUAACGUCGCGCUGCCCUUUGCAGAGCCAAUGUUCUUUAGAUUCACUUUGAUCGCGACGUAUUGCUACUUUACCGAGGGGCGAUUUUACUUUCGAACGUUAUGUUUUACAUAUAGUUUUGUUAGUUUUAGGUGUAUUAUUUAAACGUGCCUCUAUGUUUUCGUCUACGCUUUUCACCUUCGAUAUAACGGUUUCAAUGAACCAGUUCUUUGUGGGAAAUGAUAAUUUUUAACUCUAUUUAUCUACCAUUCUUUAACGAACGAUGAAAGAAAGUUGACGGUGACAGAUCUCUGUCGAGACCGACUCUGAUUGAUUCAACCGAUAGGAGAUGACACUUAGUAUCUAACACGAGGUUUGGAGAGUAGGGUAAUAGAACAAUUAGCAAGUUUGCUCUUGUGCUUUAUAAUAUAAUAUCAUAACAGCGGGAUAAUAGAAUCCGUGAUGUAUUUUGGACGUGGUGCAUACGUAUUUUAUUAUGACCAUUCGAAUGCUCCGAGUGGAACUCAAAUUUCCAUUCGGUGAACAACAUUUAUAAAGGAUGAAGGUGUGUGUAAAAAUUGUUGAUAUAUCGGGAGCGAUAUUUAAGGCUGGUGAUACGUCUAUAUAAUUAUAUAUAUAGAUGUAUGUGUAUAAAAUAAUGUAAGGCUGUAAUAUACAUGCAGCUGAGAGAUUCAACUCAACGCCGUGUGGUCUGCAAUGAAAUCUACUUGUUUUUCUUUUUCUACAAGUAAUAAAAAUAAUGACCUGAUGGUUUUACGAACGUUUCAGUUAAGUAUGCUUAACAUUUCACAAUACAAGACACAUAAUAAAAAUUUAAAUGCAUUCACUUUUGGUUAUACACCGAUGAUUGAAUGAAUUUUACAGUUUUUGCAAUUGCCGUGUUUGAGGGCUUCGUGCAAUCCUCAAAUGAGUGCGUUUUAUCGUUAACUGUUUUACUAUAAUUGUCUGUUAAGAAUAAAAACCGUUUAAAAAUGUUUUAAGUACGCAAUGAUCUCGGAUGGCUUGGACUUUUAUAUAUUUUAAUAUUCGUGAGGAUUUCAACUAUGAUUUUUGUGCAAUUUUAACAUGAAGUGCAAUGUCUAAAAAUAUUUUUACUACACAUAUAAUUAAUUUCUCUUGCAUAACUUGUCGUUAUUAUUCACUCAUAGUUUUAUUUAUGAUCUAUUGAUUAAUUUUAUUUGUGUAAAAAAAGUCGAAAUGGUUUAUUUGUAAAUUCUGAACAGAUAGUCUUAUAAUUUCACUCGUGAAUUAGUCUUUAAAUAUAAUGCGUUAAUGGUUACUGAGUUGUACCAAAUUUACUUUGGUGUUGAUUUUUUCCUAGGAAAAGUUAGUAAUUGUGUUUUAUGAUGGUCUGUUUAAAGACCGCGAUGCGGCCACGUUCUGCGCACUUCGCUUUUUUUCGUAAGUUAUACGUAUAGUAGAUUUAAAUAAAUAUGUUCAUCUACCAUGUCUUUAUUUUGAAUUUAGUUGUAUUUAUUUUUAGAGUAUUAAGUGUUAUACUUAAACCCCAAAGGUUUUUAUUAUGAUUCAGCUAUCUUCGCCAAAUGUUUCACAUUUUUUAAUCGAUAACUUAAACAUUUCUUUUAAAUGAAAGUGAAUUGAUUUUUCUGAUUUGAUUACGUUAAUAUGGUGAAAUUGAAAUUUAAUUCAUUUUAAAACACUCAAGUUUUUUGAAAUAGUUUUACUUAAUAUUGGGUUAGUCCUUUACUGAGUUUUAUUGUAUUGUUGGAAAUUGUUAUGGAGUCAUUUUCUUUUUUAUGAAACGCAUUGAUUGUGUCGAUUAUUUCGUUGCUAACCAGCUGCGAUUGCUCUUCCUUGUGAUUAUUUAUUGAAUGUAUUUUAUCAUAUUAUUUAUAUCGCUGAUAUGUUAUUGUGAUUCGGCGUCGGGUUGCGUCUUUCAGUUAUAUUUUUAUAGAGGUAUAAAAUAUAAAUAUAGGAGGCCAACAGUCUCCAGUUAACCUUUGCAUUUGUUUAAGAAUGCGUAGAAAUUUAAUUUUGAUUUAACUAUUUAUCUAAUAUAUUUAAUGGCGUCAGAAAGCGCUAGUUGUAACCUACUACAUACAGAUUUAUCGUUACUGUAUUAUAUACCUACUAAGUUUAUGAUGUGAUUUUAAGGUAAUAGUACAAGAACUGUGAAUUGGUCCCAUCGGCAAAAUAACCGAUGUUAUACAUAACGUAGAGUUGGCGAAUGGCUGGUGUUUUUUAUUUCAAUGUCGGUUAUGUUGUUGACGCGAUCGAGUCUGAGAAUUUAUCUAGUGUCCCUCGCUUAGUCGUUGGUGUUUAAAACAUGGUGUGAACUUGUGAAUCCAUAUAAUCUAUGAUGUCUAUACGUAGAGUACAUUUCAGCGAACUUAAACACUUUCGAUAUACAAUGUAUGUGUAUUUUAAACGUACCGAAGACCUAUAUAGAUGCAUUUCUGCGAUAUUAUUAGUUUUUGCUUAAGUUUUGUUAAAACUUUUUUCGUAACAAAUUAAAAGAUUUUUGUGGUA